AUGGAUAAUGGGCAGAAAACAACACCCAUUAGUGGAGGGUUUUCUGAUUCCACUAUUGUCACAACAAGUAGCCAUACUGUGACAGAAAUCAGCCCCAGCAGCCCUAGUGGGGGCCAGCGCACGCCAACAGGAACUGUGUCAAAACCCAUCAGAAGGAGGUCUAGGGUUUCAAAGAAGACGCCCAUCACCCUCCUCAAUGCCAACGCCAACAACUUUCGAGAUUUGGUGCAACAAUUCACAGGUUGUGCUGCUUCUAGCACACCCCUUUCCUUUGGGAGCCAAAAGGGUCCGAUCAACUUGAAUUUUGGAUCCAAUAAUAACGUGACUAGUUCUGUAAUGGCACCUUUUGACAAUCAUAACUAUAACUACCAGUAUCAUCAACAGUUGCAGCGGUUGGCGCAGCCGCCGCUACAAGUACAGCAACAACAACAACGACAACCGCUGCUACAGUUGCAAGAAAACCAACACUUACAUCAAGGGGAACAACAAAUGUAUCCGAUUGACAAUGUUAGCGGUAGUGGUAACGAUGUGUUCCAAUAUUCAUCGACUAGUGUUAAUUAUAAUCCUAUGCAAAGUGUGGAGGUUGUGGAUGGUUUUGUCAUGGAUCAGGAAGAUAUAGCUUUGCAUGAAUUUUCUAGGGAAUUUUUCUCCAGUUAG